AUGUCAACCAGCAAACGCUUCACUUGUCUAAAGUAUCAAUUUCAAUCCCUUCCUCACUCACCUCCUCGUCGUCUCUAUCAUGUCUCUCCACGAUUACGCGCAGAAAUACCUAAACCCUCCAUAGCCCCCAAACAAUCAAUCGAUAUCAAACACAUACGAACCAACCCCGAAUUAUACGAAAAGAGCUGUCUAGAAAGGAACUACAAACUUCAAUCUACAUAUCCAGCAAAGAUCAUAAGUCUAUUCGAACAAUGGCACCAACAUCAACACGAUGGCAGAGAUUUACGAGAAAGGAAUAAUAAAUUAAAGCUUCAAUUGGCCAAUCCGAAAUCAUUAAGGGAUGACGAUUCCGAAGAGAUACAAAGCAUACGAGCGCUCUCCAAACACGACAUAAUCGCCGAAGCCCGAAGUUUGAAAGACAAAAUCUCUCUAAUCGAAUCGUCGGAAACCCUCUUGAUGACCGAAAUUAACACUCUCGCAUCCUCAAUCCCCAACCUCACAUCCGAUGUGACUCCACGCGGUUCAGAACCCAAAGUAAUAGGAACCAUCAACGAGCACCCGGAACCCAUCCCCUCGGCUUCUGAUCGAGUCUGGCGCUCUCACGUCCACAUCGGCAGCGAACUCAAUCUCCUCGAUUUCUCCUCCGCAGCCACCACUUCCGGCUGGGGCUGGUACUAUCUACUGAACGGGGCCGCCCUGCUCGAACAAGCACUCAUCCAAUACUCACUCUCACUCGCCCUCUCCAAAAAAUGGUGUAUCGUCUCUCCCCCCACCAUGAUCUACUCGCACAUCGCAUCCGCCUGCGGAUUCCAACCGCGCGACGCAUCCGACGAACAGCAAAUCUAUUCCAUCGCGCAAUCCGCCUCUGAUGCCGCAAGCGCUAAACCCAGCUACUCCAUGGCCGGAACUGCGGAAAUCCCCCUCGCGGGCAUGAAAGCCAACACCACCAUCCACGAAAACCAACUCCCGCUCAAAACCAUCGCGACAUCACGCUGUUACCGCGCGGAAGCCGGCGCGCGCGGAAUCGACACCAAGGGACUGUACCGCGUGCACGAAUUCACCAAAGUAGAAAUGUUCGCCUGGACAUUUCCCUCUCUCACAAGCACGACCGAGAUCUUCAACGAGAUGCUCGCCCUACAAAUCGAGAUCCUCACCUCCCUCAAUCUCCACUGUCGCAUCUUGGAGAUGCCAUCGACAGAUCUCGGCGCGUCAGCCAUGCGAAAAAUCGACAUUGAAGCAUAUUUCCCCUCGCGCAGAGAUCGCGAUGAAGGGUGGGGCGAAGUAACUAGUUUGAGUAUCUGUGGCGAUUAUCAAAGUAGGCGGUUGGCGACGAAAGUCGAGAUUGUGGCGAAUGGGGGGAAGGUCGCGUUUCCGUGGACGGUGAAUGGGACGGCGGUGGCGGUGCCGAGGGUGUUGGCGGCGAUUUUGGAGAAUGGGUGGGAUGAGGAGAGGAUGGAGGUUAGGGUGCCGGAGUGUUUGUGGCCGUGGAUGGGGGGGAGGAAGGUCUUGAAGAGGGAGUGA